CUCAAGUGAUCUUCCCACGUGUCCAUAUCUUCAGGCCUUGGCCUCUAUAUAAGCCUCGAAGCAUGCACACACUCGUUGCAAUCGCUCUCGUUCACACAGCCACUUCUCCAUUCUUUCUAGCCAUGCAAGCUUCCACUUGUCUGCACUCGAUCGCCCCACCAACCCCGCACAGUUCUGCUCAGAUAUGGUCACCCACCUGCAAAAUGCUCAUCAGCCCUUCCCAGAAGACCCUCCCAAAGAUCGUCUACCCGCCGUCGGCCCCGCCGCGGCCAGUGCUGGAGCCGCCGCGGCCGCCGCUGGCCCCGUCGAAGCCGAACUACCCGCAGAGCUUGAACCCGAUCCAGAGGAUCGUGGCCUCGGCGCUGGACACGCUAGAAGCCUCGCUGUUGGUACCCUUUGAGAAGCAGCACGAAUUGCCGAGAACGGCCGACCCGGCGGUCCAGUUGUCCGGGAACUUCGCUCCGGUCGAAGAGUGUCCGGUGAGGCACGACUUGGAAGUGGCGGGCCAGAUACCCUCUUGCCUGCGCGGCGCCUACGUGCGUAACGGCGCGAAUCCCCUGUUCCCGCCGUGCGGCGGCCACCAUUUGUUUGACGGCGAUGGCAUGAUCCAUGCCGUCACGCUCGGCUCGGGCAACAGUGCCAGCUACAGCUGCAGGUAUACCCGAACGAGCCGGCUCGAGCAGGAGGCUGCACUGGGCCGGCCUGUGUUCCCGAAGCCGAUCGGGGAGCUGCACGGCCACUCGGGCCUGGCACGGAUGGCGCUUUACGCGGCCCGCACCGGGCUUGGCCUCAUCGACGGCUCGGCUGGCUCGGGUGUCGCCAACGCGGGGCUCGUCUACUUCAAUGGCCGCCUGCUGGCCAUGUCGGAGGACGACCUCCCGUACCACGUGCGGAUCGACGGCAGCGGCGACCUGGAGACGGUCGGGCGGUUCGACUUCGGCGGCCAGCUCCGCUGCCCCAUGAUAGCCCACCCCAAGGUGGACCCCGCCACGGGGGAGCUCCACGCGCUCAGCUAUGACGUCGUAAAGCGUCCCUACUUGAAGUACUUCAAGUUCGAUAAGACAGGAAAGAAAACAUCGGACUCGGACGUGGACAUAACCCUCCAGCAGCCCACCAUGAUCCACGACUUUGCGAUCACCGAGAACGACGUCGUGAUCCCGGACCACCAGGUGGUGUUCAGGCUGUCCGAGAUGCUCCGUGGCGGGUCGCCGGUCCUCUACGACAGGAGGAAGACGUCGCGGUUCGGGAUCAUGCCGAAGGAUGCCGCGGACGAGUCGGGCAUCCGGUGGUACGACGUGCCGGACUGCUUCUGCUUCCACCUGUGGAACGCGUGGGAGGCGAGGGAUGGCGACGGAGACAAGGUCGUGACCAUUCUCGGGUCGUGUAUGGACCCGCCCGACUCCAUCUUCAACGAGCACAGCGGCGAAGGCGAGCGGCGUCUGCGGAGCGAGCUGUCGGAGAUCCGGAUCAACACGAGGACGGGGCAAUACGAAAGGCGGGUCGUGGUCGAGGGGACCAACCUGGAGGCCGGUCAGGUGGCCCGGCAUCUCCUGGGGAGGAGGACGAGGUACGUGUACUUGGCCAUAGCCGAGCCGUGGCCCAGGUGCCGUGGGAUGGCCAAGGUCGACCUGCUGACCGGCGAAGUGAGCAGGUUUCUGUACGGACGGGGGAGGUUCGGAGGCGAGCCGUGCUACGUGGCCGAGGAGGAGGGUGGCGGCGAGGAAGGCGACGGUGGAGGCGGGUACUUGAUGAGCUUCGUGAAGGACGAGGAGAGGGGGAGGUCGGAGCUGGUGAUCGUGAGGGCGUCGGACAUGGAGCAGGUGGCGACGGUGGGGCUGCCGUCGCGAGUGCCGUACGGGUUCCACGGCGCGUUCAUAAGGUCCGAGGAUUUGAUGGAGUAGGUGUCGGGUUCUUGAUGUUUUUCUGACUCUUGUUUUUUCCUUUAUUAUUAUUAUUAUUAUUAUU